AUGCGGGCCGAGACCCUCACACAUUACGAACUAAUCAAGGAAUGGCGCCGGGAGCGGAUGUGCAAAGCCCCAGGGUGUGGGAAAAGCCAUAAAGAGUGGUUUGAAAUAAGUGCAGAACUAGCCAAGCAGGUCGUAAGUGGCUGGGCAACUUUCAUGGAAAUGGCUAGGCCAUAUGGCGAAGGUGGUCUCCUCAAGCCUCAGUGGAGAGAGGCGAUAGAAAAAAUACACUACAAAUUGGAAGUGGUCACUGCUGAAAAAUUGUUGGCUCUCCAUAACGCCACUCUAAUCAAAGAAGAAACCGCCCCUGAAGAAGCUGUCACUUUUUUGUACACACCAAAGGUUAAGGAAGAGAUCCCUAUACUUCGUCCGGUGCCUACUGUCCUCAAAGCUGUCAAGAAAGAAAACAUGCUCGACGAUCUUCCUUUGGUGCAGCAACCAAAGUGGCCGGAAAAUACGGACCUGGACAAGACAGGAAAAACAUGGAGUAAGCCAAUUGAGGAUCAAUUAGCCAAGUCGAAAAUUUCGCCGAAGCAAAUGUUGAUGCGCAAAGCGACUCCGGUACAUGAUCGUCCCGGUAAAGAAAGAGCUUACGCCCGAGGAGGUACCACUGCCUCCCUCGCCAUCGUUCGAGCGCGUCGGUCCACUCACAGCUCCCUCUUCUCCCCAACUUACGCAUGA